UCUUCUUCGGCUGCUGCAGCGGCGCGAGCAGCUGCUGACUUCCGGGGGGAGGAGCCUCCUGUCCGCCUGCACAACACUCACUGCAGGCCAACUUCCGGGACCAGCAGUCCAGGACCGAGCAGACGCAGUCCAGAGCCGUGAAUGCAGCAGAGAGAGAACACACACACACGUUUGUGUUUUUGAAACAGCAGAAGGUGAAGUGACGAACAGGGAGUGUGUCUGUGGAUACCUGAGCGGUGAGUGACCCGCCCGCCCUGCUGCGGACAGGAAGCACCCAGAGAUGGGAUUUCUUUAAAACUACGGACACGGACCACGUCCGUCUUUGUGCAGCGAAGCCUCGCGUUUACGACGAGAGGAGCGACACCUGAAGGCAGCGCGCGCGCGCGACUGGACUGACCGUUAUUUUAAAAAACAUCAACCGUCGGGAUUUCCUGAAGUUUUAACUUGUUUGUUUUACCGACAGCUUGGUUAACAGGUUCCGUUAUUUACUCCGAGAAGAACCGGACAGAAAGAACCAGGUCUAACAGAAGAGAUGGACGGUAAGGACGAGCGGCUGGACCCGGUCCGGAGCUUCACGGUCGGCAGUUUGAGGCUGGACCCGGAGACAUGGCGGGAGUUUGUCUCACAGGAGGACAACCAGGUGACCUUCACCAGCUUCUUCAACGCUCAGGACUACUGUAACCUGUACAUCUGUCGCGAUUCACAGUCGGGACUCUCCGUCAGCCUCGACUUCCCCAAAAAUGUCCAAACCAAAGUCGUCUGUGUCUCCAAAACGGCCCGCGAAGUUGUCACGAAAGAAAACGCCAGAAAGAUUUUGAUAAUUCAAGAAGUUGAGGGAGAGGACGCCAUGAGCUUCAUCAUCGCGGUCUCCGAGGAGGUGACCUGCCCGUUGCUUAGAAACCCAGAGACCAGCGGCAGCUGGGCAGCGGGCGUGGCCGAGGAGGCGCUGAGGUUCAUGGAGAGACAGAAGAACGAGGCGCUGGUGAUGAAGUCUCAGAUAGAGGGACGGACCUUUCUGCCUUAUCCUGGCGCUCUCCGUGACGACGCUCUCCAUGAUGACGCUCUCCACGACGACGCUCUCCAUGACGACCCUCUCCACGACGACGAUGUCCAUGACGACCCCGAAGGCCGGAAGGUGUCCGACGUGAAGCUCCUCCACGCCUGUGACUCGAUGGUCAUAGAGUGGGCGGAGCUUGUGUCAGAGUUCCUGCAGCAGGACUCGUCUCAGCCGGUUCUGGACGGACUGAAGCCGCUUCCCUCAGAGGAGUUUAGCUUCUGGAAGAACAGACUGAAGAACCUGCACUUCAUCCAGCAGCAGUUGCUGAGCAGCAGAGCUCAGCAGGUGGCGUCCAUCGUUCAGAAGGCAGACAGCGUCUACUGGUCCACGCUGAGAGACAUCUACAGAGACGUCCAGGAAGGUCUGAAGGAGGCUGAAGAUGUGAGUCUGAAUCUGAAUCCUCUGCAGGAGAAGCUGGAGGAGGUGGAGCAGGUGGAGUACCAGCAGCUGGGGGACAACAUGGCGGCUGUGAUGGAGGAGGUGCGUCUGGUGUGGAUCAGGUCUGAGUUCUACUGUAAACCCUGCAGGAUGGUGGUCCUGCUGCAGGAGAUCUGCAACCUCUUUAUACAAACGAGCAGGAAGUUCCUGCGUGGGGAGGAAGUGAUGCAUGGUCUGGUGUCAGACCCUGGUCCGGUCCUGGAUGAUGUCAGACUGGUGAUCGGGACCCUGCAGAGCCUCAGGGAGGCGUACACUCAGUGCAGGACCCAGCUGGAGAACCAGAAGCAGGAUGGAGUCGCACAGAGCUGGGACUUUCCUUCACACCUGGUCCUCAUGCACCUGGACAACUUCCUGAAACGUCUGCACAGCAUCCAGGAGGUGUUCUGUGUCAGUCUGCAGCUGUAUCAGUUGGAUCAGACGGUCCUGUCCGGUGUCAGCGGCAGGAUGUGGACUGAUGUGGUUCAGGACGUGUAUCAGCACUUCGUGUGUCAUGUGACGGUUCUGUCUGACUGCAACUGUGACCCCACUGACACCGACGACCAGAGCUUUGAGCUGCACCUGGAUCAGUUUCAGGUUCAGAUGUCAGACCUGGAGAAACGGCUGGUGUCGGUCCUCAGCAGAGCCUUCGAGGACUGCUGCUCCUCCUCCUCUGCAGCAAAGCUGGUAAAGAUGUUCGGGUUCGUCUUGGACCGUCCUCUGAUCCAGGAUCAGCUGCGUCCUCACCUGAUCCGGCUGGUGAAGAUGGUUCUGGUGGAGCUGGAUCAGACUGAGCUGCUGUUCUAUAGUCAGAGAGAGAAAUCAGAAACAUUCAGCAGGUUCUCUCCGACUGCUGCAGCUCGACUCUGCUGGACUCAGCAGCUCAGACUGAGAGCUGAAGACGCUCUGAACAACUACAGGACUGUACAACACCUGUACCUGGACUCAGGGGAGUCCCAGCUGGUUCUGCAGAGGUUCCAGCAGAUUGUGGACCUCCUGCAGGACUUCAGAGACCAAGUCAGAUCAGACUGGAGCUGUCAGCUGGACUCAGACUGUGGAUUCAUCCUGGAGCAACCUCUAUUACAACACAACCAGCAAGGCAUGCUGGGAGUUAACUGCAGCCACAAGCUGGAGGCAGCGCUGAGAGAGCUCAGGUACGUGAGCAGGGAGACGGAUGUGGAGCUCCGCCCCCACGCUGCUCGACUCUUCACCUGCAGAGAUGACAUCACACAGAGCUACCUGAGCCUGAGUCACAUGGUGUCUUGCUACAACCAGGUGGUGAGUGACGUCAUAGAGGUGGAGCUUCCUCUGAUCCAGGACCAGCUGCAGGACCUGAACCACACCCUGUCAGAACUGCAGAGGAACACCUGGAGCUGUGAAGGUGUGCAGCACCUGGUGGGCCAGCAGAGAGAGAGAGUGUUGAUCUUCAGCUCCACAGUGAGCGAGGCCAGAGCCAACAUGGACGCCAUGACACACAUCAUACAGGGCUGGGCGGAGCUUCACCUGCUGCAGCACUCAGAUGAGUUACUGCUGGAGGGCGGCGCUACAGAGCAGAGCUACAGACGCAUCAGAGAGGAGGGACAGCAGCUGCUCAGGUUAACACAGGUGAACAGGAGUCUGUACGGAACUGAAGACUCCUCUGAGUCCUGGAUCAAGUAUCUCGACCACAUCGAUGACAAAGUCCAGGGCGGACUGUUCCAGCUGCUGCUCAGAUCACUGCACUUCCUGUCUGACAACAUGAACCCACAGAGCUGCAGCGCUGCGUUGUUGGCGGUCCGUCUGCAGUUGCAGGAAACAGGAAGUGUGUUCGAGCCGUCAGUGGGCGACGGCCUCUCUGACCUCCUGAAGACCAUCAUCACUGACAUAUACACAGCCGCCAGUCUGCCGCCCAGGAUCUCUGUGAGUCGCCAGGGCAACUACCAGGUGUCUCUGCAGCAGAGUCCAGAUCUCUCUGCGUUGGAAGAGGAAGUGAUGCAUCGCCUGCUGCAGGUGAGGGAGGAGGCAGAGCAUCUGAGGGCAGGGCUGGACAGGUACUCAUACCUGUGGCAGAGCGACAGGAGGAGGGUGAUGCAGGAGUUUCUGACCUACAGCAGACAGCUGGGACCUGAGGAGCUGGAGGCUGUGGAGACCCCGCCCACCCUGAAGGACUUCCAGAGAGAGAUUCAGUCGCUCCACAGACUGAGCAGUGAGGUGACUCACCUGGAUGACGUCAUCGUUCUGCACAGCUGGCUGCAGGUCGACCUGCGACCCUUCAGAGACUCCCUGCUGUCAAUCAUCCACGACUGGAGACACAUGUACACAGAGUACCUGCUGGACUCAGUCAGUGACAGUCUGCAGCGGGUGACUCAGCGUGGUGAUGAUGAUGAAGAGCCUUCAUCUUCCUCCAGGUUCCCUCUGACAGAAACCAUCAUCCUGCUGGAAGCUGCAGGAGUCGAGCUGCCUGAACACCUGUCAGCACAGCUACAGUGUUGACGGACUGAAGAGGAAACAGAAGACGUCACUUCAGCGCGUUCAAAGUUCAGAUGUUCAAACGUGAUGAUUAAAAGUUUGUGAAUAAAUGA